AUGAUUGUGGGUUCGAGAUGUGUCGGAACAAGUAUCAGCAAAACGGUUGCACUUGUGAAGUGUUCUAGAGCAGCAGUUGUUAAUGUGUACAAAGAAUGGACAAUCAAGCAAGAAGUCGGGUCUCAACAUCAGACUUGUGGUCGUCACAGAGUACUGAAUGCUCGAUCAGAGAGAAGGCUGGCCAGGGUUGUGCAAAGCAACUGGAGAGCAACAGUGCGACAAAUUGCAAGUGAUCUUAAUCAAGGAUCAGCUGUGAACGUCUCUGAACGAACUGUUCGACGCACAUUGCGCCGUAUAGGAUAA